AUGCAAGCAGCAUGCGAGAAGCGUUCAGAAGAGAUUCAGAGCAUUCGAGUUGCUAAGCUAGAGCAUACAGCAAGCAAGCAGUAUCAAGCAAGCAGUAUGCAAGCAGCGUGCGAGAAGCGUUCAGAAGAGAUUCAGAGCAUUCGAGUUGCUAAGCUAGAGCAUACAGCGAGCAAGCAGUGUUGA